AUGGCAGAAAGAAUCCAUUUGACAAGGAGACGACAGGUACAUGAGAGUUCCCUCUUUAACCGCUGCGAAAUGCACCGUGCCGUUUGAAUUUCGUGUAUUUUUUUCUCAUUCGUUUAUUUUUUUCCUUCCGACAGGCGAGCAAACCUUUGCUUGAGCGACAAAGACGUGCACGCAUUAACCGAAGCCUCGAAGAACUCAAGGGCCUUGUUCUUUCUGCCCUCUACCGCGAUGUAAGUUGUUUUACUAAGCUCUCUUGAAUUUUGCGAUAAGUCGUCCUUGUAAAUGCAAAUAAUUUACUGUAGCAUGAAGUAUCGUGUGCGAGCUACAACGCGUCACUUAAGGGUCUUUUUGACACCUGAGUAUUUGGACCUGUAAUGAUCAAUGAAAUUUCAUUAAGGUUUUUCUUGUCGUUUGGUCUUUUCAUCUCCUCAGAAUGAUCAAAACUUCCAAAAGAUGGAAAAGGCGGAGAUUCUGGAGCUGACUGUAAACUUCUUAAAGAUGAUUCGAGAACAACAAGUCACAGGUCAGUAUUCGAUAUGGGAAUUUUUCCAUAGGUGUAUUCAGUUUUCCGUGCAAGCUGCGAAACAUGUCAUUUUGAUUUGUGCUUCAUUGGAGCGAUUAUGUAGUUGGUUGCAUUGACAAUGGUCGCUGAUAUAUUGUUCUUUCGGUUUAAGGUUACUGGACCAAUCCGAGCGAUUCAGAAUUCCUGAGCAGCUAUCGCGCGGGAUUUAAUGACUGCGCUACUAGAGUUUGCAAAUUCAUGGAAAACCAGCCCCGGGUAGACAGCAAACUACGCGAGCAGAUUCUUGUACGUUUGGCAGCUUCUUGCAGCCCUGUUACACCAGAAAGUGUCUAUUGUCCCAGUCCUCUUAAAACACCGUCGAUUUACAGUUUUCAAGCGAGUGACUCUCUUUCCUGUUGCGGUGUCUCUUCGCCCCCGCCUUCACCCCCAUCAAGCGCAUUCAGUCCGUUUAAUCCUGGUAAUGGUGCCCUUUCUGCGGUAGAAGCUGGAAGAACUCCCAGAGGAUAUGAGGCCAUUGAAAAAUUGGACAGAAAUUCUAUGGAUUCCGCAAGUUAUACUAGGCCAUUAUGGAGACCGUGGAUCUCGAAAUCCCAAAAUUAA